AUGAUCCUUCAGUUAUUAAGUUAUGUGGGCAUAGUAUCCGGGUUUGUAUCAAUUACGCUGGCAAUUGCCUCUGGAUUGUACUAUCUUUCUGAGUUAGUAGAGGAGUACACCGAGUUUACGAGAAGAUUAAUUGGCAGACUAAUAAUAGCUAUUGUUGGUGUAUUCCUGUUAUUGCUAUUUCUAGAUGGGUUCCCAAUCAAGCUGAGCAUUUUUUCUCUUUUGACGUACUAUAUCUACUACAAGAAUUUAAAGACAUUUCCGUUCAUUGACUUGACUGGUCCCGUGUUUGUCUCGUCCUGCAUACUGGCGGUGCUCAACCACUAUAUGUGGUUCCAACACUUCAGCAAUCCAUACAUUCCAACAAUAGAAGAAAGAAUUUCUCCCAAUUACAUACCCCCACACAUUCCAACAUUUGCUGAAAUUGCAAGCUUUUUUGGAAUUUGCAUAUGGUUGGUGCCGUUCACGUUAUUCAUUUCAUUGAGUGCCAGUGAAAACACUCUGCCUUCCACAUUGAACGAUAUCAAUAGAUUCGACAAAAAGAACGACGAUACUACAAGACAGAGAGGAGUUGGACUAGUCAAAUUAGCCAUAGGUUUUGCUUAUGAGACAUUCUACAAUUUUGGUAGGUUACUCGGGUAUGAAUGGGAUCCAAACCAGGGUCGGAUUAUCUAA